AUGAAAGAAUACAUAGUAGUGAAAAACCCAACAGAUGUAAAGAAUGUGGGAGGAACUUUAGUAGUGGACAUCAACUCACCAUACAUCAGAGAUUGCAUGUUGAUGAGAAACCCUACAAAUGUGAGAAAUGUGGGAAGGCCUUUAUCAGAGGUUCAGCCUUGGUUAAGCAUAGGAGAAUUCACACUGGUGAGAAGUCACUCAAAUGUAAGCGAUGUGAAAAGACUUAGCGGUAACUGUCAACUUACAGUACAUGAGAGUAUUCAUACUGGGAAGAAACCAUAUGAGUGCAGGGAAUGUGGGAAAGCUUUUCUAGCAUAUGGAAAGCUUACCCGGCAUCAGAGUAUUCACACUGGUGAAAAACCCUUUGUGUGUGAGGAGUGUGGGAAGGCCUUCAGUACCUUUUCAUACCUGAUUCAACAUCAGCGAAUUCAUACUGGUGAAAAACCCUAUGAAUGCAAAGAAUGUGGGAAGGCCUUUAGUACUAGCUCACCCCUUGCUAAGCAUCAGAGAAUUCAUACUGGCGAGAAACCCUAUGAAUGUAAGGAGUGUGGGAAGGCUUUCACUGUGUAUGGACAGCUUACUCGACAUCAGAGUAUUCAUACUGGUGAGAAGCCUUUUGAAUGUAAGGAAUGUGGAAAGGCCUUUAGACUUAGUUCCUUCCUUCAUGCACAUCAGCGAAUUCACGCAGGGAUAAAGCCGUACAGAUGCAAGGAAUGUGGGAAGACCUUCAGUCGUGCCUCAUAUCUUGUUCAACAUGGAAGACUUCACACUGGCGAGAAGCCCUAUGAAUGUAAGGAGUGUGGCAAGGCCUUUAGUACUGGCUCAUACCUUGUUCAGCAUCAGAGGAUUCAUACUGGGGAGAAACCCCAUGAAUGUAAGGAAUGUGGCAAAGCCUUUAUUAGUCGCCAUCAGCUUACUGUACAUCAAAGGGUUCAUACUGGAGAGAAACCCUAUGAGUGUAAGGAAUGUGGCAAGGCCUUCAGAGUGCACGUACAUCUCACACAGCAUUGGAAAAUUCAUACUGAUGUAAAGCCCUACGAAUGUAAGGAAUGUGGAAAGACUUUUAGUCGAGCCUCGUACCUUGUACAACAUGGCAGAAUCCAUACUGGUAAGAAGCCCUAUGAGUGUAAGGAGUGUGGCAAGGCCUUCAGUUCUGGCUCAUACCUUGUUCAGCAUCAAAGAAUUCAUACUGGGGAGAAACCCUAUGAAUGUAACAAAUGUGGGAAAGCCUUUACCGUUUAUGGACAACUUAUUGGACAUCAGAGUGUUCACACUGGUGAGAAACCUUUUGAAUGUAAGGAAUGUGGGAAGGCCUUUAGACUUAAUUCAUUCCUUACCGAACAUCAGCGGGUACAUACUGGUGAGAAACCCUUUAAAUGUAAAAUAUGUGGGAAGACCUUUAGAUACAGUUCAGCCCUUAAAGUGCAUCUGAGAAAGCAUAUGGGUGUUAUACCCUAAGAGUUUGAGGAAUGUGGGAAGUGCUUUGUGUAUGGCUCAAACAUUGUUGAACAUCAGGGAAUUUAUGCUGGUAGGAAACUUUCAAAUGUGAAGAAUAUUGGCAGGCCUAUUCU